UCAGUGUUUCAGGGGGAAUAUGUUCGGGUGCGCAUCACCUUGGUUCUUUGCCGUUCUUGUAAAUAAAGAAUAUUUAAUUGACUGUGUAUUUUAAUAUUCUCGCAUUAUUUCUUUAUUCAGCCGGGAUUAAUCGCCGAACAGCUCUCUGCAGUUGAGCAUCGGUGUGUGAGUCCUACAGAGUUAACCAUGAAUGUAAACCAAGGCACAGUCGGGAGUGACCCAGUGAUCCUGGCCACCGCUGGGUAUGACCACACAGUCCGGUUCUGGCAGGCACACAGUGGGAUCUGCACCAGAACAGUACAGCACCAGGACUCUCAGGUGAAUUCACUAGAAGUAACACCUGAUAGGAGCAUGAUUGCAGCAGCUGGUUAUCAGCACAUACGCAUGUAUGACCUCAACUCAAACAAUCCAAAUCCUGUAAUCAAUUACGAUGGCGUUAGCAAAAAUAUCACAUCCGUCGGCUUCCAUGAGGAUGGCAGAUGGAUGUACACUGGAGGAGAAGACUGUAUGGCACGCAUCUGGGAUCUAAGGUCAAGAAAUUUACAGUGUCAAAGGAUAUUCCAGGUCAACGCACCCAUUAAUUGUGUGUGCCUUCAUCCCAACCAAGCUGAAUUGUUUGUUGGAGAUCAAAGUGGUGUGAUCCACGUCUGGGAUCUUAAAACAGACCAUAACGAGCAGCUCAUCCCAGAGCCAGAGGUGUCUGUCAACUCUGUGCAUAUUGACCCCGAUGCUAGCUACAUGGCUGCUGUCAACAGCUCCGGCAACUGUUACGUGUGGAAUUUGGCUGGAGGAAUCGGUGAUGAGGUGACGCAGCUUAUUCCCAAAACCAAAAUCCCUGCUCACAAACGUUACUCUUUGCGCUGUAAAUUUAGUCCUGACUCCACAUUGCUGGCUACCUGCUCUGCAGACCAGACAUGUAAGAUCUGGAGGACUUCAAACUUCUCAUUGAUGACCGAGCUGAGCAUUAAGAGCAACAACCCUGGAGAGACUUCUCGUGGCUGGAUGUGGGACUGUGCCUUCUCUGGAGACUCGCAGUACAUUGUCACAGCCUCUUCGGAUAAUUUGGCACGUCUGUGGUGUGUGGAGACAGGGGAAAUCAAGCGUGAGUACAGUGGGCAUCAGAAGGCUGUGGUGUGUCUGGCCUUCAAUGACAGCGUGCUUGGUUAAAUCAGAGACAGUCUGCCAUCAUCUCCCAUUCUGAUGAAAUAGGCAGCAGGACUGUUUGCUGUCACAAGUUUUACAGCCUGGAGUACUACAUCAGGACAACAUAAGGUUAAACUGUAUGCGGCAGAAAUGAGAAAUGUUGUUUUGAUUGUUAUUGAAAUUGUAAUGUAUUAUUUUUUUGUGUAUGACUACACAGUUUAUGAAAAAAAGAGAGCAUUAAUUAGUCACUGCAACAACAGUCAAGGGAACAUCAAAGAUACAUGCAAGACUGCAGUUCAGGAUAUGUGACUUUGAUUCAGCAGGCAUCCUGCUAAGUAGAGUGUAUUAAAUACCACCUUUAGAAAUACAAAGCAGUAUCAGGAUACAUAGGGAAGUACUUAAUUGAGCAACCUAAGUACCACCUCCAAGGAAAGUCCGGUAUAGAAAUUGAAUAAUAAUUAUUAUUAUGAUGAUGAUGAUUAUUAUUAUUACAAGUGGAUGAGUUAUUAAACUAAAGGUAUCCAAUCAUUUAAUACUAGUUCACCACAUGUCGCAUGGGGUUUGGUAUUUUUCUUUUUCUUGCUUCCACAUCUGUAUAUAACUACAUGUUUGUAAAUACAAUCUAUGCCAGUAAAAGACUGAAUUAACAGA